AUGGCUGCGCCGCCGGGCAGCAACACCAACACCAAGGGGGGCGUAUCGUCUGCGGCCCAAGACAUGUUCACGCCGGACCUGGAGCGGCAGCGGCAGAUGCAAGACGACGGGGCGGAAACGCGCUCUGGGCCGCCGAUGGGCUCUUCGACUGCUGGCCUCCCCGACGACAACGCCGACCUCGUCACCACGGCCGAGGACCGCGACCUCAAGCGCGGCUUACACGAGCGCCACCUCUCCAUGCUGGGCAUCGCGGGCGCCAUCGGGACGGGCCUCUUCCUGGGCCUCGGCGGCGCGGUGCAGACGGGCGGCCCGCUGGGCGCGCUGCUGGGCUACGCAACGGUCGGCAUCAUCGUAUGCGCGGUGCAGUUCGCGCUCGGUGAGGCGGCGGCGCUGCUGCCCGUGACGGGCGCCUUUGUGCGACACGCCGAGUUCCUCGUCGACCCGGCGUGGGGGUUCGCCGUGGGCUGGAACCUCGUGUACGGCAACCUGCUGAGCAUCCCGAGCGAGAUCACGGCCAUCUGCGUGCUCAUCGAGUUCUGGCACCCGGACGUCAGCCCGGCCGUCUUCAUCGUGUGCUUCAUCGUCGUGACGGUGGCGGUGGGCUUCGCGUUUGUGCGCGUCUUCGGCGAGGUCGAGUUCUUCUUCGCGCUGCUCAAGAUCCUGCUCGUCGUCUUCCUCAUCAUCCUCGGGCUCGUCAUCGACCUGGGCGGCGUCCCCGGCACGUCGGCCGUCUACUUCCGCUACUGGCGCGACCCGGGCCCCUUUGUCGAGUACAUUGCGCCGGGCAACUGGGGCAAGUUCCUGGGAUACUGGAGCGUCAUGACGGGGGCCGUGUUUUCGUUUGCGGGCGUCGAGUCGAUUGCCAUGGCGGGCGCCGAGACGCGCAACCCGCGGCGGGCGAUCCCCGCGGCGUGCAAAAACGUCUUCAUCCGCAUCGUGCUCUUCUACAUGCUGGCGAUCCUGGUGGUGGGCAUGCUGGUGCGCAGCGACGACCCGCGGCUCGACGGCUCGAGCGGCACCGCGGCGCAGAGCCCCUUCGUCAUCGCCGCCGAGGCCGCGGGCCUGCCGGCCGUGCCGUCCGUCGUCAACGCCGUCGUCAUCACGUCGGCGUGGAGCUCGUCCAACCAGGCGCUGCUGGCCGGCACGCGCGUGCUGUACGGCCUCGCCCUGAAGCGCCAGGCCCCGCGCGUCUUUCUGCGCACCACGUCGUGGGGCGUCCCCUGGGUUUGCGUCGCGCUGUAUACGGCCUUCAUGUUUCUCAGCUUCAUGAGCCUGUCGAGCGGCGCCCUCGCUGCGUUUUGGUGGCUCGUCGACCUGACGGCGGCCGGCGUGCUCGUGUCGUGGAUUGCGAUCCUGCUCAACCACAUCCGCCUGCGCCUCGCGUUCAAGCGGCAGGACAUUCCCCUGACGAGGCUGCCGUGGUACAACUCGUGGACGCUGUAUACGUCGUACUUUGCCAUUGUCAUGUGCGUCCUCAUCCUCCUCACGUCCGGGUUCAAGGUCUUUACCAAGGGCAACUGGGACCCCAGCAGCUUCGUCUCUGCAUAUCUCGACAUUCCCCUCGUCAUCAGCGCGUACCUGAUCUGGAAGUUUUACAAGGGCACCAAGGUCGUAAAGUUGUCCGAGAUACCCCUCCACCGCGCCCUCGAGCAGGCCGAGCAAAAGUACUCGGUGCUGGAAUCAUAG